AUGUCCUUCUUGCCACUGGACACCCUGAUCAAGGAGCUGCAGAGUCCGAACCAGAACGGGAUGACGCCGAUCGACUGUGCCAGGAUCAUGCACCCGUCUUUGGCGACCAGAAUCGAAACCUUCCUGCUUUCGCGCAAUUCAAGCCUGACGAGAGUCGAAGUCGGCUCGAGUCGAUUCCUCGUCUUCUCAAAAACUGUCUCGACUGUCGGGGAGACGCUGCGAGCGAACGGAAUUUAUUACGCGGCAGCCAGAGCCGUGUAUGUGAGGCACGUGCGCUCCGAUAAACUCGACGAGCUGGCAAGACACGGUGACAAACUGCUGGCAUUCCCCGAUUCUAAUGAUACGCCCAAAUUCUUGUGGACUGGAACCAGAAUUGCCGAGCUGGCUCACGACGAGCGUUUCCGCGCCGCAUUUAAGAUCUUCGCUCCGUGUACGAGCGCUAGUCAGCAGCUCGCUCCAGGGAUGUCGGUGCUUCUCGAUCUUGAGAACUUGUCGCCUACACCAUCAGCUGAAGAAAAGUUGAUCAUCUUGCGCUACCUUCCUUCCCCCGGGACUGUGGAUACGACUACGUCAAACCAUCCGCACGCGUGUAUCAGCGAUGCUGGAGUGCGCGUGCGCGACGAAGGGUACAUUGAUGACAGAUAUCUCAUAGGUUUUCGUCGAGGAUGGUGCGAUGAGGUCUACUAUCGGAUGGUUGGCCAUUUCCCGCACCUGUACCUCUCAGGCGGCACCGCUGGAAAUCCGAGAAAGUUCAACAUUCGGGAGGAGGACGAUUUUGGCUUUGACAACAGGCGCGUGAUGAUCAAGCUGCCUCACGAGGGGAUCGUGUACUGCCGCGGGGUCGGUGAUAGUCGAAAGAACCCGGAGAUGGCGUGCGUGAUGUUUGACAGUGAAGACAACAUCCGCGAACGAUACGGCUACCGGGGAAAACUGGGCAGGUGGAGUGACAUCUUUCAGUAG